UCUUUAACCCCAAUUCAGCUCCUUCUCCAGACCACUCUCGACACUUCUCCAUCUCUCUCAACUCUCCAUUCUCUCUCUUUCUCUUGCUCUCUUAUUUCUCUUGAUUUUUAUAUACAAGCUUUGGGAUUCGAAAGACGAGGUCGUGAAGCUUAAGAAAGGAAAGGCUCCAUUAGGUGACAGUUAGAGGAUUACUUUAUCAAGUGGAAAGCAAGUUGAGAAAAAUGUCAACCACACCAACCAACCCAGAUGAGGAUAAUCAGAAUCAAGGUCGGGAUCAAGAAGACCCUACCAUGACUCAGAUUCUUCGUCUUCUUCAGCUGCAAACCGCUGCUUUGAACCAGCAGCCCCAAGCUCCUCGAGUCGGAAGCUUUAAAGCUUUCCAAUCCCUCCACCCACCUGAAUUUAGGGGAACUACAGAUCCAAUUAAAGCGAAGUCCUGGAUAAAGGAAGUGGAAAAAGCUUUUGCUUUGACGGAGGUUGGUGAAAAUAAGAAAACAGAAUAUGCGAGUUUCUAUUUGAAAGACGAGGCAAAUUUCUGGUGGGAGUCCACCAAGACCUUAGAAGGAAAUGGUGUUAUUACGUGGGAAAGGUUUACGGAGUUAUUUUUGGAAAAGUAUCUACCUCAAUACUUACAAGAUCAGUUGGAAGUCAAGUUCUUAGAAUUGAAGCAGGAAGGUAUGACUGUAGCAGAAUAUGAGGCAAAGUUUUCAGAAUUGGCAAGGUUUGUGCCAGAGUAUGUGAAUACGGAACACAAAAAGGCAAAACGGUUUCAACAAGGGCUUAAGUCAUGGAUACGUAGUCGAGUGGCCGUUUUUGAACUCCAAACAUAUGCUGCAGUGGUUCAGAAGGCUAUGAUUGUGGAAGGUGAAAGUGAGAUGUCAAAAAGAGAGAAUGAUAGUAAGAAAAGAAAAUUUGAAGGAUCGGAAGAAAGUCAAGGGCAAACAAGUGGAAAGUUUAAAGGAAAAUUCAGGAAGGGUUCUGACAACCCAACCAAUAAAGGAUUUCAAGGAUCCAAGCCCGGAAAUGUCGGACAGAGUAACUGUUUCCCCGGUCAAAGUCAGCAGCAGAAAGGCAAUAGACCUCCAGCCCCAGAUUGUAAGACUUGUGGGAGGAAGCAUUCUGAAAUCUGUAAUAAGCCUAACAUCACUUGCUUCAAAUGUAACAAGAAGGGCCAUUAUUCUUCAGAAUGUACUAGUACUUCGGGCAAGAAGGGUGUGACAUGUUGUAAGUGUGGAAAGUUGGGCCAUAUGGCAAGAGAUUGCAAGGAACCUGUCCAACAAGCAAAUGUUUUGAGGAUAGCUGGAUCACCACCACCGACACCUCCAGUACAACCAAGAGCCAGAACUUUUAAUAUGACGAUGAAAGAUGCUGUUCAGGACUCAGAUGUGGUCGCAGCUAAGCAAGAGGAAGAUGGCCAGUCCUAGGUGCUCAGUUCGUUAGACUGUCUACAUCCCCCUCUCUGUUUCAUUAGAUUGCUUUACCAGCUCAGAUAGAGGACGCUUUGGAUAGUCAGUGGGGAGUAAGUAUGUUAGUAUGGACCGUUGUAAACAGUACCUAUGAAAUGUUUUAUAUAAUUCCAAGUCGGAAUUAUGGUUGAUGCUAUUUAUUAAGGGUUUGUAAUGAGUUUAUAUUAAUAUAUUUUGGUUAGUAGUUGUAACUUGUUUCAUACCAUCACCUGUUAAAGAUCCUUGUGGUGUAAAGGGGUUGAGUAUUUAUAUUGUUAAA